CUCCAAACCAUCGUCUCCACUCCAGCGGCCGCUCGCUUGUGCAGCCUCCCCUCAGCUCCUUCUACUUGAACGCCGUUCCUGGGAAACCUUCCCUCCCCGUUGCUUUGCGCCGACCAGAGACAAGAAAGAAGAACAACAGCCGCCGCUCUGGAGUCCUUGUUCCUCCCGCCGAGCGCCGACGAACUGACGAAGACCUCCCUCCGCUGUCUCUAUUCUCCCUUGCUUGCCUCCUCUCACCGCCGGCCUGCCUCCUUACCUCAAUAAUCAACUGAGCCAUGGCCAGUGGAGAAGGAAGUCAAUCAAUUGAGCAACAACAAGCUUCUAAUCAAACCAUUAGCUUCUAAUCCCCACCCUUUUUUGUUUCAUCCGGUAUUCCAUUUUUCUUCUACUUUCCCACCGCCGAAACUCUGGAGAACGACUUCCUUUCCUUCCCCAGUUCCCCAGUCUACGUAGCCGACUGGUCGGACUUUCUUCCCUAAACCCCUCCCAACUCGAAAACCCUAAUCGUGUAAAUUAACGGCAAUAGACCCGUCGAGUCCCUCAGGAACACAUUUCUCUGAGAAAUUUUGGAGCUGAAAAGGGGUGAAGAAUGGUGUUUGGUCAAGUGGUCAUCGGUCCUCCUGGUUCCGGCAAGACCACUUACUGCAAUGGCAUGUCUCAGUUCCUUCGCCUCAUUGGCAGGAAGGUCGCAGUAAUCAAUUUGGAUCCCGCCAAUGAUUCCUUGCCCUACGACUGUGCGGUCAAUAUCGAGGAUCUCAUUAAGCUAAGCGAUGUAAUGGCAGAACAUUCUCUCGGCCCCAAUGGAGGCCUUGUGUACUGCAUGGACUUUCUGGAGAAGAACAUUGACUGGCUCCAAUCCAAGUUGCAACCUUUGCUAAAAGACCACUACCUGCUUUUUGAUUUCCCUGGGCAGGUAGAGUUGUUCUUCCUUCACGCAAACGCCAAGAAUGUUAUCAUGAAGCUUAUAAAGAAGUUGAACCUGAGGUUGACUGCUGUACACCUAGUUGAUGCCCAUCUUUGUAGUGAUGCUGCCAAGUAUGUUAGUGGAUUGCUUCUAUCAUUGUCAACCAUGCUUCAUCUGGAACUUCCACACAUUAAUGUCCUGUCCAAGAUCGAUCUAAUUGAGAACUAUGGAAAGCUAGGUUUCAACCUUGAGUACUAUAUGGAUGUUCAGGACUUGUCAUAUUUGCAGCACCAUCUGGAUCAAGAUCCUCGUUCAGCUAAGUAUAGAAAGCUAACUAAGGAGCUGUGUGAGGUGGUCGAGGAUUACAGCCUUGUCAAUUUUUCCACUCUAGACAUUCAGGCAUGCUAUAUUCUUUCUGACAAAGAAAGUGUAGGCAAUCUUGUGAAAUUGAUAGACAAGAGCAACGGAUACAUCUUUGCUGGUAUUGAUGCCAGUGCGGUUGAGUUCAGCAAGAUUGCAGUGCGGCAGACUGAUUGGGAUUAUUACAGAUAUCCUUAUCUUUCUUGGUGUUUUUAUUUAUUUAUUUAUCUUGAGUUGGAGACCAAUAUAACUAUAUAAGUGGUAAAAUCCCUAAAAGUAAAGCUGCUACGUUUACCGUUCAUUUCAUUGGGUGUAUUUGGGAGAGUGACAUUUGCAAUAACUUGAACAAAUAUACUAGUCUGUUUUUUGUCGACACUUCCAAUGCAUAUGUGUGCAUUUGAAGUUGUUGUGCAUACAAUUGCUAAUGCAUCAAAGUGAUGUAAUCUCAAGUACUUUGGGAGUAGGAACUAGGAAGUAUUUGAAAAUGCAAUCUAAACAAGUAAGUCUCAAGUGUCUUACUUCUUGCACAAAUGCAUUGAACGAAACAAUGUUUUUUUGCAAAUAUACCUCAUACAAUAGCAUGCAAUUGAGAUAAAUGACAUUAGUUUACAAAUAUUCUGAAUCAAACACAUUGAAUCUGCAUUGCUGCAUAUCCAGCAUAGAAGGCUGGAUGCAAGCUCUGUUUUCUCUUGCUAGUUAGUCUAUAUCGUCCAUGACAUAACAGUUAUGUUAAUGGCCUUCAGGAGAGCUGUAUUGUAAGUUUUCUCCUUGACUAAGCAUUUGCACAGUUGCAGAAGUGCAAGAGAAAUACAUGAAAGAUGAUGAGAUAAACUUCGACGAAGAUGAAGAAAACAACAGCGAAGAGCCUGGAAAGGUGGCUCGGUAAUUACCUAGUCACCUGUGUAUCUCAGUCUAUGUUGGUGGUUGGUGCAUCGGUCAAGGUGGUUCAUCAGUUUCUUCGAUUGACGGAUUUUGAACUGCUGAUAUUAUAGUUGGUUAUCUUGUUGAUAAACCACAGAGGUCUGUCUCUGCUUAUCUGCCGCAGAAAACCAUCAAUGGUGAUCCAACUUGUAUGUAAUCAUGGCACACUGCGGGAAGCAUCUUGUGUCUUGAGCGAAGUUAACAUAAAUUGUUCAUCAGUUUGGGGUCAUCUAGUUAACUACUGUGACGAUCUCUGAUCUUUUUUGUAACAAUGUUGGAACAGUCUCUCCGUAUUGACCUGCUGCUAUUGGUAGCUUCUCCGAGUUGUGGAUCGUCUCAUCUUGUGUACUGUUGAUGGAAUUGUAUAGCCGGAUGCGAGUAUUAGGAGAACCCAGGAUUUCAGACACUCACAUUUCGUCUCUUUACAAUCCAGCCAGAUUCUCUCCUU